AUGGGAAGAAUUAUUGUUCAUGGAGUUAAGGUAACGCCCUCACAAUAUUAUGCUAUGUUUCACUGCUUCAUUUUAGCUCUGGUCAAACUGUCCCAAAGAGUGUCGUUGAAACCGCAAAUUCGACCUGUCUGUCUUCCACAACAUGGUGUCAGUGUUAAUGAGGUUUCUGGACAGGAAUGCUACAUCACAGGUGAGGGAAUUUAUUUUAAUUAUUAAAUAAGUUCUUUGCAUCUUUGCAUGGAGAAAAUAAAUGUAAUCGUUUUGGUUUAUGCGAAAACCGAUUCUUAUGGAAUUCUGCUCUCUGUACGUCUUACUUUACAUUUGCCAUGUGGAUAUCAUGAAGGUACUGCAUAGAGAAACCUUUAUCACAAAGCGAAAAUAUCUAUGACAUGUGAAACACGGAUUCCAUCGUUAUUAGUCUUUAGCUAAAUUUGAAUAAGAGAAACAUCUCACAUAUUAAAAUGAAAUGUGUGACAUAAAUUUUCUGGACCGACAGGUUGGGGACGUACUGGAGCAAGCAAACCAGGAGCAACAGUUCUUCAACAAGCUAGACUUCCUGUUAUCUCCGAAUCAAAAUGUCGUCAACAUAUGGGAUCUCAAGUAACCCGACAAAUGGUAAAUAUCAGAUAAACCUUCAGUGUGUCGAGCUAUGUUUCACAGGUGUUAACAAACAAGGAAACUUUUGUCAGAAAUAUUUACUCAUGCAGUAAAUUGCUUAUCAAUAAAUGAAUAAGUAACCACUAGGGCAUAUCAAUCCGCCGAGGAAAUGCUAUGACUACAGCGGCAAUUCCGAGGGCUGACAACUGAACUGCUAUACCUAUACUCAACCAUACAUGGCCAUACCUCCCGCUGCUUCAAGUGAAUUGUCACAGUUUCUACAAACUCUCCGUAGAAACUGAGCGUGUGACCUUCCAUGCAGCAGUGGGGGCCUGCAGAGGAGGUAAAUGCAAACGGAACUACAUUGGCCCCACAUAAAUCCGUAAGCGGCUUCCCGAAAAAAAUUCACUAACUAAUAAGCAACCAAAUUGGAAAGCGAAUUUUAAAUGAAACCUGUUAGUUGUCCUACCAAUUGCUUUGACAACUUAAUAAAAUAGGCAGGUAAGUACCUUACAAAUAUUCAUUAGUAUAGUUUAACACCUGACAUGCAUUCUCAUAUGCAUGCAUGCAUACACUUGAAAAAUACGUAUCAAAGUGUUUACUUAACAUUUUGCCAGAUUUGUGCCGGUUUUGGUGGUAAUAGCACAGUCAGUGGUUGCAAUGGUGACUCUGGAGGACCGUUUGUCUGCCGUGAUAAUUCAUCAAACCCUUGGAUCUUACAAGGGGCUGUUUCUUGGGGAACUAGAACAUGCAGUGCUGGACAUAAUGAAUUCACAGUAUUUGCACGUGUUGCAGAAUUUGUCAAUUGGAUAAAGCAACAAGUCGGUAAUGUGCCACGCCCUUCAUCAGGUAAUAAUUUAUUUUUGAUGUAAUUAUUUCUUAAUGCAAUUGCACAGGGUGUGGGUUCCAAUCAAGCCUUGUGACGUAAGGUCUAUCCGCAGUCAUUUCAACCUUGCUUCCCUAUAUGACAUUAUGGGUUGCAUGCAUUCCCUAUUUAUUGCGUGACUGCAGAGUUACGUUUCCAUCUUCAUUUACAGGCCAUAUGUAGUGUUUUCCUUUCCCUCUUUACUUCGCACUUCGUGAGGCCAGGGCGGGGAUGAUGUCGAGUCAAAUGAGACCGAAAUGGAAGUGAGUCAGGUCUGUUCACAUGCUAGCCAUCUAUUCGCCACGCGUCAAGCGAACUUUUAUACAAAGAGCUAAUGACUUUUUUCGAUUGAAUGUCCAGUCAAGUCAAGCACGAUUACAAGCUCUCCCAUUUGGAUAAAUUGGAUCAUUGACUGAGUAAACCAAAUACUAAUAAGUUAUUGGAGAUCGUAUGGCACUAACCCUAACUGUUUAAAAUAUACAAUAAUUACUAACCCUCAUCGAACCUAUUGUUUUCUCUCUGCAUUAUAUCAGCGAAUGUCGAGAAGUUUUAGCGUUCUUCUGAAAAACGGGAGCGGUCUUUUUUAUUGUAGGGGAAUUCCCAGGGGUAAAUGUUUAUACGGGCUAAAAUAAUGCAGCGUGCACACAGCAUUAUUAAAAAUAAUGCUGCGUGCACACAGCAUUAUUAAAAAUAAUGCAGCGUGCAUCAGUGCACACAGACAUUAUUAGCAAUAAUGUAUCUUCGUCACCCUGACAUGUACACGCGAUAACGCGAACAUCUCAAGAUGAAAAGGUGACAGUGCUAAAGGCCCCUCAUACACUAUCAUCGGGCGCCUGAAGCACUGCCAACAAGAAAAUAUUUCUUUAAAAAAAGAAAUAAUGUUUCGUUCCAAUAUAAUUAUAGAAAUACUAGACGUCUGUAAUUAGCGGUUGUCACCAUAGAUCACUUGUAUAUAUCGAGCAAUGAAAUCGGGCGAUAUUCCGAGGCGGGCGGGCUUUGGUAAUUUUUUGCACGUUUUAGUAAUUUUCAUUAUCCCAUAAAUGAGCUUCAAAAACCGUUUUCAUUGGUCGACAGCGCUAGCCUUCCGCAAUGAUUUGAUAUACUCACCUGCUAGAUUUGAUACCCACCUGCGAUAAGCAAUCUCAUUGGCUAAUGACUUUGUGGCCUUUUGUUAAUGCUGCCAUGUCGUAAAAUAGCAAAAAGAAUAUAUGGGGGAAAGUCGAGAUUCAGGUUAUGUUUUCAUGUCACGCAAUCACGAAACCUCGCCCAAUCCCCAUCCCUAACUCUAACCUCCUAUGAGAUUCAUGAGAUUCAAAAUGGCGUCAGUGUAUAUUUGUCAAUAAAACAACAUGAUGACUUCAAAUCAAGAUGAAACCCCUUCGGUAAGAUAAGAGAACAGUUUAUAUAUUUUGUAAAGUUCUGUUUAUGGGACAAAAACGUUAGGACACGAUUUUCUUGGUUAAUUUGUAAAUAAACUCAUUAAUUAAUUUUGAAACAUUAAAAUCGCAUAUCUUCUCUCUCCGUCCACUCCUAGAUCACAGGGCCAAAUUAUGUCCUAAACUUAGUUUUGGAGUUAACAUUGCAAUUCGUCAUUCUUGUCUUUGAUAGGUUGAUUUAAAAAUGAUUGACAGUAGAAAGAUUACAUCAGAGUCACAUUUACGCUACUAUUUUUAAGUACCAAUACGUGUCACGCCCAUAGAUAUCUACGCCAUUUCCAAAUUUAGAUAACGAAAGCAGCCUAGAAGUUGUAAACAUGUCACGGAGUUCCUAUUUAUAUAUUACAAGAGCAUACAGAAACGAGAGUGCAAUUAUAUAAUUAUGCCUAUAAUUAAUAUAUACAUAUUUGUUCGUUUUUAAUUUUUCGCAUGAAGUAUAUUUGGCCAAGCGCAGUAUGUUAUCUGGCCUCGUAUUUAUUCUUAGCUUGGUCAAACUAUUCCCGCGGUCCCAAAAAGACUAAAUUCAAGAGUAAGGGCCAGGCUUAGAUGAAUUAAAGGCCAAGCAAGAGCCUUGUCAUUUUGUCGUUUGUGUGUAAACGUACUGUUGUGCGGUUGUAAGAAUUAGUUGGUGCUCAAGUAAUUGGCAUAUGUUUUUUAAAAUUAUCAACUGCGCGUUCUCGGCAAGUUCCGCGAGCGGUUAAAGCGAACCGCCAUCCAAUGGGAUGCAUGCAUGCAUCUAGUAACUUGCCGAACACGCGCACAAAAAGGUGGGUACACUAGUUGUAGUUCUGUUAAUCUGUCUACUCUGUGUUGUCAACUGAUAUAACUUUUGUCAUUUUAACAUUCGGCAAUACCUGAAAUCGGCCAACCGAUCGUUUGUGUGUAAACGUACUGUUGUGCGGUUUUAAGAAUUAGUUGGUGCUCAAGUAAUUGGCAUAUGUUUUUUCAUAGCUAUUAUUAAUGGAGUGCCUCGCAUAGGACUUUGAGUCCCGUUCGCACUCUACCGCUUGGACAUGGUGCAAUAAAUUGAUUUAAAUAAAUAAAUAAAUAAAUAUUUUAUUCUGGCUAAAAUCUAGGACACCACGUCGUCACACAAAGCGGAUAGAACUUCGCGUGACAAGUUGACAUAUAAUUAACUAAGAUUCCCAAUUAUAUACGCGCCACGUCUCCAAAAGACUUCUUAUGCUAGGAGCGGUCAUCUCAUUGGACGAUUCUAAAUGUAAUUAUUGACGUUUCAGCAAGAAUACUGGCAAAAGAUUUGGAUAACUUUGAUAUCUGACGUCACUUUCCUGUGACAUUGCUCGAAACCAAAUACAGUACCGUUUCGUUCCUGCGGGGAACGAAACAAAAACGGUCACUGACCAUAGAUAUCUUAUAUACACUAGAUAGUGCAUCUAAUUAUUCUGCAAUUCAAAAAUUGAAGCCGUGAUUGCAGUCUCAGGUCGUUCCCAUGAAAUGAGAAGAUUCGUAUGUUUUCUAAUUUUAAACAGGGAACUUAAACAUUAAGUUAACCCUAUUGCAAGUAAGUUUUUAAACUAUUCAAAUGAUGAAAGUUAUUGUUGUUUUUAAGCGUUUAUUAGCAAGUAGGAACGACCAACAUGGCCGCCAUCUAUUCAAAUGGGGGUAACCGCUGCAAUUUUAUGGCUUCAAUUUUACUAAAAGAGAUGCGCUAUCUAGUUUAUAUAAGAUAUUUAUGUCACUGACUCACUGUGAGUCCUUUCUGUUUAAUCAAGUGUUUAUCCAGUUUAAUACGCUCUUUGAAUUAACCUUAUCAUGUUAAUGAUAAUAUCUAAACUAGAACACUAUAAUUGACCUCCGCUUGUGGAGAUUUUAAUUUAGGGCGAUUAAUUAAACUAAAAUCUGUUCUAUCACGAUGCAUUACAGUGCCUAUGGUUAUGUCUAUAUGCAUGCCUUCACAAAUGUCUAGUGUAACGUUGCAUGGAUAGGUUCAUUGUCAUUGACAAGCAGCAACGUAGUCUUCCAGCCGAAAAUAAUUACUUUUGAUUCGGGUCAGUAAUUAUAAUAGAUAAUUACUUCGGCCAACUGGCAUUAUUGGAUAUAUUGCAGUAUAUCCAAUAAUACUGCAAUAUAUCCAAUAAUGCCGUUGGCCUCAGUAAUUAUCUAAUAAAUAACUAUUUACAUGUAAUAUUACGAUACACUUUUUCAGAUGAUAAUACGCAAGGUGCUGACUUAAUUUAAUAAAAUAAAUUUCUUAAUUUCGUUUCUUUUAGCCAAUUGUAACUUUGACAAUGGAGAUACCUGCAGUUAUCAAUAUGGUGCUGGACAGUUUAAUUGGAAGGUUAAUAGAGGUCCAACACCCAGUAGUGGAACAGGGCCAAGCUCUGACGUCAGCGGCAGAGGUAAACUGUUAAGUUAACAUUUAGGUCUUAGAGACAGUGAAGGAUAUGAUUAGCGUUACGAUAAGGUUCCUUUAGCAUUUGGUUUUGGAUAUUUACGAUAAAUCGCAAUUAAGUUUGGCUAGGAUCUUAACGAUAACUUAUUCCAUUGUUAAUAACACUAAAAAUAACGUCGUUAGAUUAUUAAAUCGUCGGUGUUUUUCUCGUCCUGCCCUAAAUACAUAUUAAGAAAACUUAAAAAUUUUGAUUAAGGCUCCCCAUCUGGGAAUUGGUUCUCUUUCCCUGGGGCGGAUAAGCAAUAUCGGUGUUACCGGGCUUUAACGUAAAAGCCCCCCCCCCCCCUUGGUGACGUCAUGACCAAGCGGAAUAUCAGCGAAUUUUCUCUUUCUGUGACUCGAAUUAUAAUUAAGGUAAAGAAAAAUUAUAUUUCUAUAUUGUUAUAUAAAGAUAAUCCUUGCCAAAUAUUAGAUUUCAUAUUAUCACACUGUAUAUACCUUGCAAUUUAUGCUUCACCGCAAUAAAAGUCUUUCCUCAGCAUGUUUUUAAUAUAUUUUUCAGUAAAAGUUCAUUUGAAUUAUUGAAAUACAAAUUUAAUACAAUCGACUGGCGUUAUUCAUAUAAUUAUGUAAUCGUUAUUGCCAUGGUUUCCUGCCUGAGAGCGUUCAAGCUAUUUCCAAGCCCUUGAUAAAAAUUCAAGGCCAAGGAUAAGCUUCUUCCCCAAUGAACUAAAAUCUAUUUUAGUACAAAACUAGGGGCCCAUUUUUUGCACAAAACUGGGGGCUCACCGGGCGAUCGCCCGGUAGCCCGCUGGGCUAAUCCGCCCCUGCUCUUUCCUUUUUUGUAAGUAGCUUCGUCAAAACUCUAUCAUGUAUUGAAACCAACAGCCUACGCAGGACUCCCAUGCAGAUUAGUGUCACCGAAAAAAGCAUGAAUUGUAGAUAUCCUCGGCGCUCAGACACACGUUACAAGAUGACUACCUUGAAAAAAAUGUACACCAUGGAUGGAUAUUCGGUGUAACGCGAUUUCAGUUGAUUCAAGUUCAACUUUGUCACGCUGCAGUAAAUUUAGUUUUAGUCAAUGAAAGUAUUUCUCCAACUAUUUACAGGUUAUUAUCUGUUCAUCGAAACAUCAAGUCCACGACAGUUCGGUGAUAAAGCUACAAUUUUAACGCCUUACUUAAACGGCACGCAAUGUAUGAAAUUUUCUUACCAUAUGUACGGUGGUGGUAUUGGAGUCCUGAACAUCUAUGCGAAUAACCAAACGAUAUUCUCAAGAUCGGGAAAUCAAGGAAACAGAUGGAUAAGUGUGGAAACGUCAAUCUUACAAGGUGGAAAAUAUAUAGUGAGUAAAGAAAUCAGUAUUUCAGAUACACAGACAUGCAACAUUACAAAAUUUGAGCCAAAGACCAUUCUUUUUUGAAAACGAGAAGGAAGAGGGUCCUCAGGAAAUUUCGGUACGAACGUUGGUCAUUGUCUUGUCGUGUCUGACACGAAAGGAUAAUCCAAUGCUGUUGUUGCACAAAAAUUUAGUGUGAAUUUCCUUUUCAAGAGUCAAAAUGAAACUGAUUAUCCAAAUUAUUUGUAUAAAUAUUUAAGGUUGAGUUCGAAGGUGUUCGCGGUGGUAGUUACGAAGGAGAUAUUGCAAUCGAUGCUAUCAGCUUCACUCCAGGAAGUUGCCCAUUCCAAACACCAAAACCACCUACACCUCGACCAACAAAUCCUCCAACAUCAUCAACAAACCCUCCCACACAAGCAGGUACUGUAGUGGUUUACCACUUUUACAAUUUUUUGGUUAAUACAACCAAGUCAUUAUAUACCAAUGACGAUCGCAUGUCCGGGUUGUGUUCCGCUGCGCUUUCAUCUUCCAAGGUGUGGAUGCUGACUUACUGCGACGUCCAAUACCUUUUGAUAGGAACUUGCCUCGAAUUUGGCUUUUGACAGGAAUUUGUACUUAACGCAAUUACACAGGGUGUGGGUUCCAAUUCACUCCACCAAGAGGCUAACUAGUUUCAUAUUAAUCUGACACUGCAAUCGACCAACGUAAAAUUCGUUGGCUCGAGCGGGAUUUGAACUCGCAUCUUCGGGUAUCUAGACCGCCGCUCUACCUAUUGAGCUAUCGAGUCAACAGGAAUUGGUAGCGAGUCUUAUCCAAUUUAAGUGCACGAAAUAUUUUCGUGACGACUAACGCUUGUCUUAGAGGACGCGCAGUGUUUCAAUUCUAUUUCAGAACCAUCCUCAGAGAUACGAAAAACUAGUUUCAUAUUAAUCAGACACUGCAAUCGACCAACGAAAAAUUCGUUGGCUCGAGCGGGAUAUGAACUCGCAUCUUCGGGUAUCUAGACCGUAAGUCGUCACGAAAAUAUUUCGUGCACUUAAAAUGGAUAAGACUCGGUACCAAUCCCUGUUGACUCGAUAGCUCAAUAGGUAGAGCGGCGGUCUAGAUACCCGAAGAUGCGAGUUCAAAUCCCGCUCGAGCCAACGAAUUUCUCGUUGGUCGAUUGCAGUGUCAGAUUAAUAUGAAACUAGUUUUUCAUAUCUCUGAGGAUGGUUCUGAAAGAGGCUAACGAUAAAUGUGCCCAACAACUGAUGGCCAAAGGAUUAGUUUUUGAUGAGGGAGGAAAACAGGUCGACCAGGAAAAACUAUUUAAACCCAGGAGAGAACCAAACGAAGAAGCACAUAGAGUAUCUCAUUGUAAGCAAAUAUACCCUACGCUGGAUCAACAGCAGCAGGCUCAAUUCAGCGUUAACGAGCUAACCACAUCAGUUACUUCAACUUUGCUUUCCUAUGUUAUUAUGGGUUACAUGCAUGCAUUCCCUAUUUAUCGCGCAAGUGCAGAGUUACGUUUGCAUCUUCGUUUACAGGCCAUAUGUAGUGUUUUUAAUUCCCCUCUUUAGUUCGCACUUCGUGAGGCCAGGGCGGAGUUGAUGCCGAGUUAAAUGAGACCGAACUGGAAGUGAGUCAGUUCUGUUCUCAUGCCAGCCAUCUACCGGCCAGGUGUAAGGCAUAAACUUAUGGAAACAGUUAUUGACUUUUUUCCAUCGAAUGUCUAGUGAAGUAAAGCACAAUUACAAGCUCUCACAUUUGGACAAAUUGGAUCAUUGACUGAGGAAAGCAAAUACUACUAUUAAGUUAUUGGAAAUCCUGGUGCCAACCCUAAACCUAACUGUUUAAAAUAUACAAUAACUAUUUAUAUGUAAUAUUAGGAUACACUUUUUUCAGAUGAAAUAAAUUUCACUUUCUUAAUUUCAUUUCUUUCAGCCAAUUGUAACUUUGACAAUGGAGAUACCUGCGGUUAUCAAAAUGGCGCUGGACAGUUUAAUUGGAAGGUUAAUAGAGGUUCAACAUCCAGUAGUGGAACAGGGCCAAGCUCUGACGUCAGCGGCAGAGGUAAACUGUUCAAUAAACUUUUAGGUCUUAAUUUCAACCUCAAGUUCAACUUUGUGACGUUACAGUUAGUUUUAGUCAAUGUGACUACGCUUUCCAACCUUUUACAGGUUUUUAUCUGUUCAUCGAAACUUCAAGUCCACGACAGUUCGGUGAUAAAGCUACAAUUUUAACAUCUUACUUGAACGGCCCGCAAUGUAUGAAAUUUUCUUACCAUAUGUACGGUGGUGGUAUUGGAGCCCUGAACAUCUAUGCGAAUAACCAAAGCAUAUUCUCGAGAUCGGGAAAUCAAGGAAACAGAUGGAUAAGUGAGGAAACGUCAAUCUUACAAGGUGGAAGAUAUAUGGUGAGUAAAGAAAUCAGUGUUUCAGACACACAGAUAUUACAAAAUUUGAGCCAAAGACCAUUCUUUUUCCAAAACGAGAAGGAAGAGGGCCCUGAGGAAAUUUGAGUACGAACGUUGGUCAUUCUCUUGUUGUGUCUGAACCCACAAUACAUUUGCCUCCAACCCGAAAGGAUAAUCCAAUGCUGUUGUUGCACAAAAAUUUAGUGUGAAUUUCCUUUUCAAGAGUCAAAAUGAAACUGAUUAUCCAAAUUAUUUGUAUAAAUAUUUAAGGUUGAGUUUGAAGGUGUUCGCGGUCGUAGUUACGAAGGAGAUAUUGCAAUCGAUGCUAUCAGCUUCACUCCAGGAAGUUGCCCAUUCCAAACACCAAAACCACCUACACCUCGACCAACAAAUCCUCCAACAUCAUCAACAAACCCUCCCACACAAGCAGGUACUGUAGUGGUUUACCACUUUUACAAUUUUUUAGUUAAUACAACCAAGUCAUUAUAUACCAAUGACGAUCACAUGCCCGGGUUGUGGUCCACUGCGCUUUCAGCUUUCAAGGUGUGGAUACUGACUUACUGCGACGUCCAAUACCUUUUGAUAGGAACUUGCCUCGAAUUUGGCUUUUGGCGCGAAUUUCUACUUAAUGUAAUUACACAGGGUGUGGGUUCCAAUUCACCCCACCAAGAGGCUAACGAUAAAUGUGCCCGACAACUAAUGCCCAAUGGAUUAGUUUUCGAUGAGGAAGAAAAAUAGGUCGACGCGGAAAAAACUCUUUGAGGACAGGAGAGAACCAAACAAAGAAGCACAUACAAUAACUCAAUGCAAGAACUCAAAUCUACCCUACGCUGGAUCAACAGCAGCAGGCUCAAUUCAUCGUUAAGGAGCUAACCACGUCUGUCAUUUCAACCUUCACGCCUUCCUAUGUUAUUAUGGGUUGCAUGCAUGCAUUCGCUUUUUAUCUCGCAACUGCAGAGUUACGUUUGUAUCUUCGUUUCCAGACCAUAUGUAGUGUUUUUAAUUGUCCUGUUUAAUUCGCACUUCAUGAGGCCAGGGCGGGGUUGAUGUCGAGUUAAAUGAUACGGAACUGGAAGUGAGUCAUGUCUGUUCACAUGCCAGCCGUCUAUCGGCCAGGUGUCAAGCAUAAACUUGUGUAAAGAGCUACUGACUUUUUUCCAUCGAAUGUCUAGUCAAGUAAAACACAAUUACAAGCUCUCCCAUUUGGACAAAUUGGAUCAUUGACUGAGUAAACCAAAUACUAAUAUUACAGUGCGUUUGCAGCAAGUGGGGCCACUUAGAGAACACUAACCAAUCACACAGCAGAACAAAAAUAGAAAAAUGAACAAACGGCGCAUUGACCAAUCAGCAUUAGGCCAAAAACAAUUUUAACAAAUAAACGAAUGUCAAACGGUAAAAAUAGACUUGAAAAGUAAACACUGCAGUUAAUGGCUUCCUGAAGCUCUCUUUUGACUGGACGAGCUUUAGUUUGAGUAGAUUUUAAUUUUUAUUUUGCAAUGUGAUGGGUUAGUGUUCUCUAAAUGGCCCCACUUACCGUAGGCGCACUGCAAGUUAUUGGAGAUUGUAGUGCUAACCCUAAACCUAAGUGUUUAAAAUAUACAAUAACUAUUUACAUGUAAUAAUACGAUACACUUUUUCAGAUGAUAAUGCGCAUGGUGCUGACUUAAUUUAAUAAAAUAAAUUUCAUUUUCUUAACAUCAUUUCUUUUAGCCAAUUGUAACUUUGACAAUGGAGAUACCUGCAGUUAUCAAAAUGGCGCUGGACAGUUUAAUUGGAAGGUUAAUAGAGGUUCAACACCCAGUAGUGGAACAGGGCCAAGCUCUGACGUCAGCGGCAGAGGUAAAAAUAAACGUUUAGGUCUUAGAAACAGUGAAGGAUAUGAUUAGGGUUACGAUUAGGUUUCUUUAGCAUUUGGUUUGGAGAUUUACAAUAAAUCACAAUUAAGGUAAUUCCGCAGUAAUUGUUCCCGAAAUGAGAAUGUGCUGAAACUUCCCAGGCAUGGAGUUUAUGAUAUACUUAAAGUAAAAUCACACAAAAAAGUCGGGGUCACCGAACUCAUUAGGAAGAUAUGACAAUCACAAUAUACCACCUUUACCCCAAAUAUGGCGCCACCUUGACGCUCAUUACGAGUAACAGCAAACUCACAAUAGCCCGAUAUUUAAUGACGUUUUUAGCGCGAAUUUUGCUUUAGUAAACCUACCUUGUAAUUAUUUUUGAAAAAAUAUUGUGUUUUGAGAAAAAUGAAACUACUAACGUGUACAAUUCUGAUCCACAAAUGUCUUUUGGACAUUUCUUUACCUAUCUUUCUUUGAGAACAUGCAUGGAUAAAGCUUUUUUUUCAAGAUCCAGAUAUGAUUUUUCUUUUAAUUUCGGAUAUGAAAUGUAAAAUGCAUUAAAGAAAUAAAUUAUCAGUUAAAAAACGGGGGUCACCGAUCUUUUUAGGAAAUUGUGGGAUUAAAACGUGAAAUACAAGUAAAUAAAUACACUACAUACACAGGGAACCCUAGCUACACUUUUUUGAAAACAUUGAUUUUAACUAAUUCUUUGCACGAAUGUAACCAAAGAUGUUUUGAAGUAACAUAAAAUUGUCAUAAAAUGAUAUUUUGUUUUAAACGGUGCGUAUAAUGGAUUAAAUUAUAAGUUAUAAGAUGUGCGCAGUAAAAGUGCGCAAUGCAAAACUGCGGAAUUACCUUAAGUUUAGGUAGGAUCUGAACAAUAACUUGUUCCACUGUUAACACUAAUAAUAACGUUGUUAGAUUGUAAAACUACCAGAAAUAGAUAAGAAAACUUAACGUUUUUCAGUUAAAGCUCCUGAUCUGCAGAAUGGGUCGCUUUUCUCAUUUCUGAGUAGCUUGGUCAAAAAUCGCUAUAACUGUUUAUUGAAUCAUACUGCCUACGCAUGAUUCUCAUGCAGAUUAGUGUAACCGAAAAAAGUAUAAAUUCUCGAUAACCUCGGCGCUCACACUCCCGUUACAAGAUGACUAUGUUGAAAAAAAUGGGCAACAUGGCUGCAUCGAUAUUUGAUGUAAGGCAAUUUCAAUUGAUUCAUUAACUUUGUGACGCUAUAGUAAAUUUUGUUUUAGUCAAUGAAAUUAUUUCUCCAACUAUUUACAGGUUAUUAUCUGUUCAUUGAAACUUCAAGUCCACGACAGUUCGGUGAUAAAGCUACAAUUUUAACACCUUACUUGAACGGUGUGCAAUGUAUGAAAUUUUCUUACCAUAUGUACGGUUGUGGUGUUGGAGUCCUGAACAUCUAUGUGAAUAACCAAAGGAUGUUCUCGAAAUCGGGAAAUCAAGGAAACAGAUGGGUGCGUGUGGAAACGUCAAUCUUACAAGGUGGAAGAUAUAUGGUGAGUAAAGAAAUGUUUCAAAUAAACAGACAAUAGCACAAUAUUUUAGGCAAAGUGCAUUCUUUUUUCAAAACGAGAAGGAAGAGGGGCACGAGGAAACUUCGACACGAAGCUUGGCCAUUCUUUUCUUAGAUCUCAACCCACAAUAUUUUUGCACCCAAAAGGAUAAUCCAAUGCUGUUGUUACGCAAAAAUAUUUUUAAAAGCCAAAAUGAAACUGAUUAUUCGAUUUCGUGUAUAAAUAUUUAAGGUUAAGUUUGAAGGCGUUCGCGGUGGUAGUUACCAAGGAGAUAUUGGAAUCGAUGGUAUCAGCUUCACUCCAGGAAGUUGCUCAUUCCAAACACCAAAACCACCUACACCUCGACCAACAAACCCUCCAACAUCAUCAACAAACCCUCCGACAUCAACAACAAACCCUCCGACACAAGCAGGUACUGUAGUGGUCUACCACUUUUACAAUUUUUUAGUUAAUACAACCAAGCGAUUAUAUACCAAUAAUGAUUGUUGACUGGGUUGUGUGAAUUGUUGAAUGAAUGACUGGGUUGCAAUUCCACUGCCCUUUCAUCCGACUUACUGCGACGUGCAUAGCGCCGUUCCGACUGGGGUGUUGGGGUGUAACACUUCCUAAAAAAAGUCAAGGAAGGGGCUCAAUUUCUCCAUAGGGGGGGCCUAAUACUGGAAUUGUGGAACGUGUUAAAUUAAGGAAUUACGUGAAAAAUUAAGUUCUAAAUAUCUAUUUUUAAGCCCCUAAAAUUUGGAAAAUAUUUUUGAGGACCACUUAAUUUUGGAGGAAACGACAUAUCGGUCGGCACGUCCCUGAAUGUUUAAUGUUGCUUUUGGCAGGUAUAUUUGCCUCGUUGCCCUUCUGUCGUUUGUAGGUCCAUAUAGCGACUUACUACGAUAUUUAAUACGUCUUGACGUGAACGUAUUUUACUCUCCUUUUUUUUGUUGAAGGUUCCAUACCAACUUACUAGGGAGAAGCUAAGCAUCGUGGGGCGAGCAUGAGCAAAAGCAACGAUAGCCAGUAACUACAUGAUCAUUCAACAAUGAUUACUAAUGUCAACCUUUCUUGUUUCCGAACUUUAAUUGAUUAAACUAUCAUUGGCAUUGCAAUGUAGUUUCGAAAUUUCAAAGGCAAAACUCGUAGUAUUAUAAAUGUUGGGAAUUGUAUUUCUAUCCAUGUAUAAGACCUGUUCUAAACGUCGCAUUUUAGUUACAUAUGCCAAGUGCAUUCAAAACAAUAGAUAAUCAGCUGAAAUGCCUCAUUAAUUAUAAGACAUCAUCCAUUGUUUUGAAUGCAUUCGGCGCAUGUAAAAUGCGACGUUUAGAACAGGCUUUAUAUUUGAUAUUUUGUUAAAACAUUAAGCACGUUAUUGAAAUCACAAUCUUUCCAAUCUUUCAUGCAUGAAAUAUUGAAAUAAAUAAUAUAGAAAUGGUUGAAUGCAUGGUUUUUGGCACACGCGCUAAAAAUUGCAGAUGCAUGACAUGCAUGCAUGCAUGUAAACAAAACAUUUAAUACAUAUACAGAGAUUGCAAAAACUUGCAAAUAAGGUUUUUUUCAUAGUCUUAUAGUAUAGAGAAGAACAACAGAAUUACAGAAUAUUCAGCCCAAAUCAAAUCGAAAUCGGGCUUUGCAUCAGAAUUUGAUCCGCAUGCAACUCAUUCAGAAAUCCUAGGCCGGUUUACACGACAACAGGCCUUAAAAUAUAUUUUACAGCGCCGUCUGACAAUAUGUCCGAUUACUUUGAGUUUGGGUCGGACAUGUGUGAUGAUGUCCGAUGACCUUCAGUUCAGUUUGUCUCGUAAAUACGUCUAAAUGACGCAAAUCAAUAUCAGCACAAUAUAUUAAUUCUGAACUAAAUGUUAUGAAGAUAUUAAAUAAUUUGUGUCAUUCAUACUUAUUAUUUCCAAGCCAAGAUUAACUUGCUUGUCAAUAAUAGCAGUACGACUUCGACAACUUAUAAGCACGUUUUCCACUUCACCAUUUCGCUCGCCGCCCCGGGCUCGAUGACAUUAUUAAAACCAACAUUUCCAGUUCAUUUUUGUACAAUAGUCUGGUUCUCCAUUAUAACAUACGAGCCUCUAGUCCUGGACUAGGGUACAUUUGCGUGGAGAAAGCGUCGGACAAAGGUACAGUUCGGUCAGACACCAAUUCACUCGGGUCGGACAAACAAUAAACCUCAGUUUCAUUUAAGUCGGACAGAAUGUCCGGUGGUUUCCUCUCUACGUCGGACAAUUUGACGAAUGGGUCGGACUAUGUCUGUGACCGACCGAUACUUUAAGGCCUGCACGACAGGCGUAUUGGGCACGGCACCCCUGAAAAUGGGCACCGUGCCAAAACUUCCACUUCGCUAUUUACUCGUUUACACUACAACUUUUUGUAGAAACACUUUUAUGAUAAGCACCGUGCCCAUUGGAAAAAAGCACCUCUACUUUCUGUCUACGACGGUAUAUUUUAAAGAAUAAAGAUGUCGCACAGAAAUAGAAUUAUAUAUUUAUAUUUAUAUUUAUAUUUAUUGGAAUGAAUAAGAGUAUUAUAUGAGCCAAAAAUCGAGAGAAAAAACCCAAUUCAAUACUACUAGAAAAGUACUUUAAGUGCCUGUUCAUGUGGGCAAAAGUUAUCCCGGUUAGCGAGAAAACCUUUCGACAAGUUUACAAGCGAGAUCUCGCCUUGGUAUGAAAAUAAUAUGAAAAGUUAGACUGCGUUCAUAUGAGACAAAACGUUUUCCCGUGAUAUGGGGAUCUCGCUUGUUGACAGACGUGAUCUCGGUGACCGGGAUGUUUUUCCCAUAUGAACACAACUUUCCCGCUUAGCAGGAUAACUUUCUGUCGUGUCAGCAACUUUUCAAUUCAAUUGAUGUUCAGUGCUACGUCACAGCCGGAAACUUUACCCGGUAAGCGGGAUAACGUUUCUCCAAAUGAACAGAACAAAAGUAUUUGGCUAGUCGAAAAGUUUUCUCGUUAACAGGGAUAACUUUUGUCCAUAUGAACAGGCCCUUAAAGACGAAAGGUGUUGUUUUUUCGCGCAAAUGUCGUGUUAUUUUGUAUUCAUCCGCCACGAAUUCGAGAGGUAUGGACACAUCGAAGGACAGCCAUUUGCUACGACCUAGUUACUGCUCUAUUCAGCGACAAACAAUGGUAUAAAAAUUUCCGAAUAACUAGAGCAACAUUCACAUUCUGUGUUAUUUUAAAGGGAAGUCAAGUCCGUUCUGCGCAUCGGUUCUGCCCAUAACAAUGUGAGGACCUCUAAUGUGAACAUUGCCCAAAUUUCGAAUGUUUCGAAUUUUUCUGAACAUAAACUCUAUUUCAUAUUCAUUUAGAAGCAUCGCGAACCAAAAUGGUGUUAGAUAUUCAGACAGUACAUCAUAUUUUAAAAAAUACAGCAGUUCAAAAUGUAAACAAACCGUUUGUUUACAUUGCGGACUUGACUUCCCCUUUAAUUUGUUUUUUCACUUUGUUUUUUUUAUCUUUGGCAAGUUGUAGUUUUUCGCCGCUUGCUGCCAUGUUGGAAAGAGGACAAAUUGUUUUGCCCAUGCUCGAUGUCAAACAUAUUUUUUAUAUUUUUCGAAAUUUGGACACGGCACCGCUUCCUAGACGUGCCGAGACUACCUUCGUGAGAAAGUCUUGGCACGUUUAAUUUUUCGGCACCGAUUUUUGUCACGUUUACACGUCAAAAGGCAGAGGUGCCGUGCCUAAAAUUUAGGGUACGGAUGCCCAUUUUUAGGGGUGCCGUGCCCAAAACACUGGUCGUGUAAACCGGCCUUGAGAGGUGAAAGGCCGGCAAAAUUUACUGUAAAUCACUGUAGGACUGAAAGUUCUCAAAAUAGCCGGUGCGAGGCGAAAGGGCGGUAGGAUUGAAAUCACUGUAGGAAAAGUUCCGUGUACGUACGCACCAUAAUGCAUUGCGCUUGAGUUCGAUGGGCCAUCAAACUGUGGGGCUCGCCCCAAUUACGAUGCGAAAUAUAUUUAAGUGGCAAUGCGCCUCACUAUUCUUUUACCUUUCCAACGACACAUAACAUAUAUUAACACUCAUUAAAGAUGCGGUACAGUCCGUAUGUAAACAAAGGCUUUGUUUGCAUUUUGUUAUCCAAAAUAUUGAAUUUUAUUCGACAACUAUUUAUAUUGUCAUGAUUCUAGAGUAUAAUAAAUUAUCAAGACACAACAAUCAAGCUUUGAAAGAACAUAAAAUGAAAUAAAAACCUAAAUAAACUGUUUGUAUAAUAAAAAGAGGGCUCCUGUGUGUACAUGCGCAGAUCGGGCUGUACCGCAUCUUUAAUUAUUGUUACACAGUCCAAUAGGAACAGUCCAAUACAAACAGUCCAAUUGUUGCAAGAAUGUUGCAAGUGUUUUGCUUUUAUCUUUCCAACUUUCUGCGACGACCUAUUGACAUGCAGUAGUUCUUGAUUGGAACGUGCAUGCUCAUUGCUUCGUUAUCUAUCCAAAGUUCUUUUUCCUACUUAUUUCGAUAUCCAAUAAUAGGUCUUGAUAAGAAUGGGUGACAUCAUUUUAUCUUUCCAAGGUCCUUAUACCAACCCGUAUAUGACGUAUAUAUAUAUAUAUAUAUAUAUAUAUAUAUAUAUAUAUAUAUAUAUAUAUAUAUAUAUAUAUAUAUAUAUAUAUAUAUAUAUAUAUAUAUAUACAUUUCUUUCCGAUACCGACUUAUUAUGACGUCGAAUAUCUCGACCUGAAUGUGCAUCUUUCCAAGGUCGCUAUAUAUACUGACUUAUUACGACGUCCAAUUUGCACCAUUGCCUUUUUUAUUUUUCCAAGGUCUCUAUACCGACUUGUUACGACGUCCAAUUUCUCUUGGCAAAUCUUAACAAAAAUGCACCUUAUUCAUGCCUCUUAUCUUUCCAAGGUAUAUAGUAGACAGAACAAUCACGACGUCCAAUAUUUUUUGACAAGAAUGUGCCUCACUGCUCUUUUAUCUUUCCAAUGUGUCAAUACCGACUUAUCACGACGACCAACGCAUCGUAACGACAGUAUGCAUUUUUUGCCCUUUUAUCUUUCCAAGGUGUCGGCUUAAUAAUAUGUCCAAUACCUCUAGACAACAAUGUACCACAUUGCCCAGCUUUCCAGUACCCCUUUACAGAUUUACUUACGAUACUUUUCUUAUCCAAACUAUUUUCUUCUCUCCUAUAGUGAGAUGCAACUUUGAUCAAGGUUUGUGUUCCUUCACAAAUGGUGCCAAUGAUGAUUUUGACUGGACAGUUCGUAGUGGAAGUACAUCAAGUAGUAACACGGGACCUUCGCAAGAUGUUUCAGGAAAUGGUAAUACACCGAUAGUUUCGCAUUAUUUAAAUUAUUGAAUUAAAUGUCAUAUUGGAUAAUCUUGAGUGGAUAGGUAGCGAUAAAUAAUAAUCUUGAAGGAUUGUAGAAUCAAAUAAUCUAAAAAUCUUUAACAACGUCGACGUUCUUGUAUAUAUUGCAAGUACUUUGAUCCUACAGUCAUUCCAACAUAUUGUUUAAUAUUUGAAAUCCGGAAAUGAGGACUGCAUUUGGAUUUCAUGCGCAAGCAAGAUGAAAUCAAGGCCUGAAGCUAACUGCGAGGACUUGAAAUCCCGUCCAGUCCGAUUUUGAGGUAUGGGUUUUGCAAUGACAUCUCAAAAACGAAUAAAUCAUUACUUAAGUGAAGUGAAUUAAUUUUGAUCCAAGCGUCGGACUGAAUUAAUUAAAAUUAAAGUAAAUAAUAAAUGAAACAAUUAUGACUUAUUUAUUGAGACCGAGCGAAACAGUGUGUUUUAUGGACCCGAGACCGUCGAUGUUUCUCGAGGCGAAACCGAGGGAAACAUCGACGAUCGAGGGUCCACAAAACACACUGUUUCGCUCGGUCUCAGUAAAUAAGUGUUUUAUUAUAUAUCAAUAGUCAAAGAAACAACAAAUUAAAUAACAAAAGAACGUAAAUACAUGAAAUAGUUUAAAUUAAACACUGCAGUAACUUAAAGCGAACGUUUAAAUUACUACGCAUGUCCAAAGGUCGCAUCUUCACGUGAUGGCGCACGUGAUUUUUUUUCGUUAUUCGCCGGUCGAUAACGUAUUGUUUCCCUCUCGCGCUGAUCAUGCAAGGGAGACAACCUAAUUUAGUCACUCUCACGUGAUAUGCUGUCGACCAAUAAAACACUAAAAAAAUGCGACUUUGACUACUGGUAUAUAAUAAUAGCUACUGACAUGUAUUUAUAUAUUUGUUUUCACUUGCAGGCAAGUAUGUCUACAUUGAGACAUCAAGUCCCAGAGUGCAAGGUGACAAAGCCUAUCUCGUCAGUCCCCAAGUCAACGGCAAUCAAUGUUUGAAAUUUUCUUACCACAUGCACGGCGCUAGCAUGGGAUCUCUUAUCGUAUAUCAAAACAUUGGUAAUCGAAUGGUGGAGCUGUUCAAUAAAUCUGGUGAUCAAGGCAACCAAUGGAACAAAGCUGAAGUACAAAUAAACAAUGGAACCAGUUAUUCUGUAAGUAUAUACAACUUUCUCUCCCGAUAAGGUUUGGUAAAUAUAUUGAUCUUGUAUGAUCUCACUUUAAAAACCAUUCGGAAAGAGUUAUUAUUUUAUAAUCUGUCUUGAGCUAUUUGUGUGUCUUAUUAUAUGGCAAGCAUCACUUCCGGUGAAAUGGCGGACUGUGAUUGGCUGAGAAGCACUUUCAGCCGGUCCAUUAUUUCUGGACUGGGGGUCCAUUACGUAAAAACAAACGCAUGCAAAACAAAACAGCAAAACUAAUUGAAAAUUAUAAUUUAAUUUGUUAUUAAUAAGAUAUCUGCGAAUGGUUUUUAGUGGAAAAGGAAUACAUUGGUAUUUUGUGUACCACGCUACUAUAAUAUGCAUUUCAGAUAUAUAUCAAAACUGGUACUAAUAGCUGUUUUGCGAAAUUGAGAGCAAUUUCAAAUCUGUUUAAAAAAUCAGCUUUUGCAUGCUUAAUUAAUGCGUUUGCCUAAUUUGCUUAUGUCAGCAAUAUGCAAAUUAGAUAAGGCAUGAAUUAAGCAUGCGAAAGGCUGAGUUUUUAGUAAACUCAGAGAUCCCAAGGAUAGUGCAAAGUUGAUAUGACAAAUGACAAUUAAGAUUUAUUUUGAUUCGCAUGUAUGAAAUAACUCCAUGGCAUAUCCGUAAACCUCCGACUAUAAGCCCCCCCCCCGUGUAUAAGCCCACCACAUGUACUAACGCUCACCUCAUUCCAAAUAUAAGCCCCCCCCCGAAUAUAAGCCCACCCGAACAUAAGCCCCCCGAAUAUAAGUCCCCCAAUUAAUAUAAGCCCAGUAAUCGUUGCUUAAUACACAUUUAUUUCCCUGUUUAUGACUGACUUGUUUAUGUCUGACUUGUUUAUUACUAACACAAAAGAUCGUCCAUGUAUAAGCCCACCCGUAUAUAUGCCCCCACUCCUUGUAUAUAAGCCCAUCAAAAAUCGCUUACGAAAGUACAUAAAUCAAGGCCAGGGCUUAUAGUCGGAGGUUGACGGUACUGUACUACAAAUAUUAAACGGUGGAAAUUGUUCUUUAUAUUAGACAAAAAUGUAUAAUUUUAUUAGAAAAUUACAAAUACACGAAAAUUACAAAUACACGAAAUUUCCUCGGUGUUCAAAAAAUUCGCACAGUAUAAUAUUACAGUUUCUACUAGUUGUUUCAUCGAAGUCAAGAAUUAACUGCCUUCGAAAAUCGAAAUGAACAGCUUGGCAGCUUGCAAGAAAUUGUUGUCACCUGACAUUCGAAAUCCUUUCGAAAUUUAGAAAGCCAAUGAGAAAACAGGACGGGUUCGAGUCGACUAUGUCUCUGUGACUGUGUGCUGGCCACGUGCGCCAUAAGUUGACAAAGUUGUUGUCUAUAUGCCAUCAGAACAAUGGCCGACAUCCAAAUAUUUCUCACUAAUAUAAUAUUUUACAGUUUAUCGAUGAAAUGCCGUUUAUCAAUUAGAAAUACCAAUAGCUUGACAAAAGCUUGGAAUGACUGAUUAUAUAAAACGUCUCGAAAACUAUAUGAAGUGACUACAGAUUACAGUACAGAAAUUUCUGCCACAAAUAUAAAUAUACUUCAGUCUUCACUACAGCACAGCACAGCACAGCACAGCACAGCACAGUACAGUACAGAUACUAGAUCAUUCAGUUCACUGACGUCGCCGCCGUCGACCUCGGUAUGUUGCCUCCGGAGCAAUAUUUCAAUUUUAUUACUGACACUGUACUAUUAUUAGCCAUUAGGCCAUGUAAACCUAGCUCUAUCGCGAUAUUACAAUAUUAAAUAAGCUAUUAAACUGAUACUGAUAUUAAAUCAGCUGCUGACUUAUAAUUUUAUAUCAAAACUAUAUCCAAUGGCACUUAGCCUAUUCAUGUAUACAUCGCUCCGUAUCUUUGAUAGAUAAACCUCUACUAUAAUACUGUCAACCUCAGUUGUAAUACAUUCUGGUCUAGACGAUUUCACACCGCCGCUUCGUCCAAGCCCGCCAUUGUGAAAUGAUAUUACAUGAGAGCACGUGUUUAUUUCAUUUGUUUUAUGUUGCAGGGGGGCAAAUCAUAUAAUAGCAAGUGUUUGAAAUGCAACAGUAAUUUGGUUAUAACUUCUCUAAAUGUUGGAUAAAAUAAGUAAGAACAUGUAUCAUCAUGAAUAUAAACAUAGAUUUUAUAAUCUAUAAACAGCUAUAAACGAUUAGUUAGCCGAACGUCGCGAAGCUCUAGAAAACGUAAUGUAAAAUAAUUUGUAAGCUCCCCUCCGGAUUGUUUACACGAUCCAUCCAUCCAUUCAUCGAUCCAUUGAUCGGUCACUGGAUUGAAUUUUUGUCAUAACAAUAGUGCAAAGCAACUUUGUACUAAAAAUGAAUAGUUAAAGACCUUAAACUAAAGCAAAUUGUCUGAAACUUUGUACAGUAAUUCAAAACCCAACAAAGUUUUAAUCCAUUAACUCAAAAUACGAUUAAAGCUUUUAAAUGUCGUGCGCAAGCCAUUUUUAGUUUUUUUUUAACCCCCCCCCUGGUUUACAAAAUUUGAGUUCGAGAAAUUUUUUUCAUUAUUCUACAUUAUAAGUACCAAAGAAGCUAUAUAUAUACCAAAAAUUGGAUACUAACAGCUGUUUUGCGAAAUUGAGAGCAGUUUCAAAUCUGUUCAGUUUUUUUAUACAUCCUGUAGGGGGGGGGGGGGGCAGGGGGCCCAACUUGAGAGUGAGGGCCCCUUACAGUACCUCCACAUGCAGUUUAGCUAAGGUCUAUAGUUGGGUCUAGCUUAAAAAUAAUGAUGUCAUGUGGCCCUCCAAUCUCGUACCCAGAGCAAUGCCUGUGCGCGGGCUAGGAAGGCAUUGGCUCUGGGGAAAUAGACAACCGGAACCCCUAAAUUUACGGGUUCCAGUUCUUUGUCGGCAUGCACUACUGAUAAACGUUAAACCAAUCACACAGCACAGGAAAAAUUCUAUUUCCCCAGAGCCAAUGCCGUCGCACAGGCAUUGCCCGCGCACAGGCAUUGCUCUGGGUACGAGAUUGGUGCCCCCCAGGGCGGAUUUGCCUCGGGCCCCGCAAAUUCUCUCGGCGCCCCUGUCCUACCUACCUACCUCGGUCGUUUUGUACAAACCUCGUCAUACGGGCUCGAUCUGUUUCUCUGAAGUUAAUAACGAUGUUAGACUCCGGAAACGUUUUCACCAUACGGGAUGUUUUUCGCAGGGAAAACGAUAUCAGAUCCAUUGAUAUUAAGAAAACUAUUUAUACAAUAACUACAGUGAAACACGCAAUUUGAUUGGUCAAUAGUAGUGCAGGAACAGGCUAUCCUGCACGAGGAAUUAAAACACCUUCGCGGGAUUUUCAAAAUGUCUUUGUUUCCAAGCAGGAUAGCGUGAUCCAUGCACUUGGGAUGUUGCUCGACUUUCGGAAAGCGGGAAAAUACACCGCCUGCGGCUCGAGUAUUUCUACGCUUUCCGAAAGUCUCGCGACAUCCCUCGUGCAUGGUAUUCCUUUAUUCUGGAGUGAUUUUGAAACUGCAGCUCCGCUGCAGAAAUUUAUCACGACGUUUCAUGCAUGUCGGAUAGUUGUCGUGCCGCAUCUACAUUUAGUGUGGAGUCACGCCAUUGUUUGUGCAUGGGAACGGAUUAUGGGAAAAUACAAUUAAAAGGGCUUCAUUUAUUACACCAUUACUAUGGUCCGUGUUAUGGUCCUGUCCAGUUUUUUGGACAAACGAGCUAUGGCAAACUGAAUAUUCAAAAAUCGGUUGUAACCUAACCUCGCGUUCACAUUAUACCGAAUAGUUGAAAACGAUACAAAACAUUGCUGUUUACACUAUUAGCUCGCCUGUAUGCAUCAUAGUGCAGGCAGAAGAGCCAUUGCCAUAGUCUGGCGUCUGCGUCCGUGUUCACAGCAGAUGAUAAGGUGAAUGUUAACACGUUACUUUUAAGUUUUAAUUUAAUAUUCUGUCCAUUUAAAUGUUUACCGUUCGUCACAAGAGUAUGAUGUAACAGGAGGGGGGACUGUUGAACAAGACUUUUAAAAUUAUAAGCCUAAGUGUUAAAGUGCAUAAAAUGACAAGCUUAGAGUUGAGGUCUCACACAAUAAAUCUGGCUGCAGCUUGGAAAUUCCUAAAUUAUACAUUUUAAAACUUAUUGCAUUUUAUUAUCGGUGUAUAGCAGCCAGCAAAUGACGUAUAUACGGGAAACUACAACGAUAAAAUAUCGUAUUUUAAAGCAUAUAGCAUAUAGCUACUAUAUACAUGUUUGUUUAGGUUUUAUACUUUCAUUGAGUCGUAUCAAAAUACACUUAGCUAUUUCGUUUAAAAUUAUUGCAAAUGAAGAUAUAGCUAGCUAAUAGUAAAUACAACAAGUUUACCAGGAAAAAUUUAAGAAUUUUGUCGUCAAAUCAAAACGAACAUUCUUAUAAAACCCGCUUUAUACAUUUGCAGUUUUUACUGCGAUUUUCUUCUCAUGUAUAGAGCCUAUGUGAACGAGUGGAUGAGUUAGGAAUGUUUAGAUGAGGGUACAUACAGCUAUUUCAAUUAAGGUUGUCCCCGAGCAAAGCGGAAAAGUCGAAUACGAGCGCGAAAGGCUUGCUGGGAAUCGCUGAAAAAUUAAUGAUUUUUUAGCGAUUCUCAACAAGCCUUUCGCUCUCGUAUUCGACUUUUCCGCUUUGCUCGGGGACAACCUUAAUUGAAAUAGCUGUAUACUCAGAACAUUCAUAACUUCUUUACGAGCCUUAAAGCCUGGUUCACACUAGCAAUUUUGUUGGGAUUUUGUGUUUCUGACGGAUGCAAAUGAGUGAACUCGCACAAAAAAGUAUAUAGAGUUGCUUUUCAGAAGUAAACAUUUCAAAGUCUUUUGCAUGUCAAUCAUUCGAUUACAUUUACCAGGAGGAGAAAAAUCGACGACAGAAUUGCUAGUGUGAACCAGGCUUUAAAAAGCAAGAUGUUAAAUUAUCAAUAUUUGUUGCACGACAUUUGCGACAUGAUAUUACACCCACAUGUCCUGCAUGCAUUAAUUGUGCAACGUUUAUAGCCUAUAUAUUUACAUGCAAAUAAAUGCUCGGCGCAUAAUACCUAAUGAGUAUAUACCUCUGAUUUUCCAUCUGUUUCUUAUAUUUUUUUAAAAACUUGAAUGUUUUUAAAGUAGGCAUUUACCGACGUAUAACUUUGACCUGCAUGAAUGCAUGUAACUUUGAGUCUUGUAAUCGACGCGGAUACUGGCGCGGAUAAAGUAGCGCUGGUUGCGGUUUCUACUAGCAGAAGAAGUAGAAGUGUAUAGCGGAAAAGAAAGAGGAUAUACUGCUAAAAGACAAUGCGUUUUCGUUUAUAAUUAAAUCCGUUAAAGUAACUACGGCGAGCGUUAGGUGACUUUGGCACCUAUCUCUGGUAUUGUAUAGCUUUAUGAAACGACCUAUCGCAUAGAGUGUAAAUGAAGUCUCCAUCAUGAUCGCUAUGAACGGUACUUCAUUUUAAUUUGUUUUUCAAAGGUUGUAUUCAGUGGAGUAAGAGGAAGUAGUUACCAAGGUGACAUUGCAUUGGAUGAGAUUUCAAUCACAUCUGGUCAAUGUUCAAUACCUCCAUCAGGAUCAUGUGGCCAGAAAGGAUAUGGUCUGAGUGACUUCCCCAAAAUUGUCGGUGGUCAGGACGCCACACCAGGUGAAUGGCCAUGGCAAGUAGCACUUUUGCGAGGAACAUUCCCAUUCUGUGGUGGUUCACUUGUUUCAAAUCAAUACGUUAUUACUGCUGCUCACUGCGUUAAAUCAACGGACUGGGAUAGCGUGAAGGUAAUUAAAACUCAUGUAACCAUGCCUGGCCAAGCCCACUGGAACCCUGUUUGAAUGUUCAAUGAUGGUACCCUGACUGUUUGUACUCCUUUCCCCUUUGACCUUCACAACCAAACACAUCAAAUUUAUCUUAGCUGCCCUUUUUUGCUUUUCCUAGCUUACACAUACUGCAAUCACGUGCAGGUAAUUAAAGCCCACUCAAACAACAGAGGGGACUUUCGUCUACGCAUGCGCGAGAAACGCAAGCGUGGAGUGCAUGUGGGCGCGGGUUAAUUGUGUGGCUGAAUUCAAAAAACAAACACCAAAUUUGCCAAAACUACUCGUGUUAUGAAGUCGUUUUCUUGUUUCUUUAGUGUUUCUACGCUCACAAUUUUAGGCAUUUCCAACUUAGAAGUGUUUGCUUUGGAAUAAGAACGUGAAUGUAGAAAAACUUUGUUGCAGCAGUUUAAUUUCGCCGUACAAAUAUACCUGUUUUAUAUGCAUGUAUAUCUUUUUCGAAGCGGUGAGAUAUACAAGUGCAACUUGACCUUCUUUAAAUUCGUACUUGCCCUAUUUUUAACUUCAUAAAAAAUACUUUUACCAUAGAGAAACUAUUUGGCUUUUAAAAAUAAGCUUGAAUUAUGGUGGUGAUAUAGGCUGAUUUCUUUGCAAACAGUGAUUCAGUCGGUAGUCUACUUGUUGUAUAUGAACAAAAGUCUAAAAUUAAUUCAACAUCCAUCAACAAAAAGGAGUCGCGCUUAUUACUACUCUUUAGAAGAUAGACAAUUUUAAAAUUUAAUUCACUAGGAACCCGUUCUACAAUAUAAGCUAGAAAUCGGCCAACAAAUUGUCACGAAAUACUACAAUGAAAAUAGGGUCUCGAUCUGAACUAGCAUUACAAAGAAAUGUUGCGUUACCUACGUUAUACCUUACACGUCGAUUAAAGCCAAGUAAAGCCCUUCCAAACACGCGUGCCACAUUAAACUGCAGGUCACAUGGCGGUAGAGAACUCGACGAAGUAUUCAGGAUAUUUCAUAGCCAGUUUAAACGCCGUUGUGUACUAUUCCUGUGAAUUAUGAUGCCCAACACACCGUGUAACAAUUGCUUUGUCUUUCAAUUGCUUUGCUUUGCUUUAAAAACGGUCAUUAGGUUGUUGAAGAGUUAGCCCAACAAAAAAAACCUCGAUGCUUUCAAAAACCAGUGAAUCACAAUGCUGAAAACUUCAACAUCCUUAGAAAUUGCAAGUCAAACAUCGAAAAACAAAAUUUGCGAGAAAAAGCUCACGAGCCCGCACUAUUUUUAUGCAGCGUCGACAAAGUCCCCUCUACUCACUCGAACCCUGUUUGAAUAUUCCUUGAUGGUCUCCUAACUGUUUGUGCUCCUUUUCCCCUUUCUCUACCUUCAUACGUCCCUUAACAGAUCUGUUAACAGACCACUUACAAUUACACGUCAAAUUUAUCUAAGCUGCCCUCUUUGCUUUUCCUUACACACCAUGAAUUUGCUACUGGAAGCCUUUUGUUUCUUGUGUUAAAGAGUUAUCCCCAAAUAACUUUUCUCAAAUUCCCCACUGUUUCCAAUAAUAGGUGUAUUAUAAUCCAACACAAUAGUUAUUACCACUUCCGGCUAUAAUUCCAGAUCAUGCAUGCAUGAUAACACUAACUAACUGAGUCUUCGUAUCUUUCCAAUUUGAAUAAAACUAGCGAAAAGAGAAACCUUUGUUUAUAGUCUUCUAUAUGGUUUAUAUACAUUCUUCUUUUUCCAUUUUCAGUCACACUUUGUUCUGAUUAAUUUCUCAUUUUCAGAUCAGAGUAGGUGAACAUGAUAUGCGCGUGAAUGAAGGACAUGAACAAGAUAUCAGUAUUGCAAGAAACGGCAUUACAAUUCAUCCUCAGUACAACCAAAUAACGCAAUAUAAUAAUGAUAUUGCAGUAAUCAGACUUUCCAGAAGUGUUCAGUUUACACAAAGGAUAAAGCCCGUCUGUUUUAACACUGGCAUUGAUUUCACUGGUAAAGUAUCGUUAUUUUUAGAGCAAUAGAAAGCCUAAAAUUAAAACGCGAGGUAUUAAAUGCUACCGCCAUUAUCAAUAUCAUGUUUAUCAUUAUCAACAGUCAAAGUAAGGGAACGUUGAAACGCUUCGCGCUUAAUAAAUAAUCCUUUGCAAUGGUUUGGCAGAUGAAAAGUUUGAGGGCUGGUUGUGCAAAGACAGGUGUGACGCGAAAUUCCUGACUUGCGAAAUAUCUGACUAUUGUAGAACUGCCCAUGCGCAGACGACGCGCAUGAAUGACUUUGUCUCAUAAAUUUCGCAACUCAACAGACAACACGUGUAUUUAUAAAGUCAUUUUAUUUAUACAUACUGAUUUUCCAACAUCAAUUCUACAAUUGAUCAACUGAAUUGACACUAUACCACUGAUUGUGAACGUUAGCGUUCAGCGAUAAUAAAGCUUGAAUCGCAAAUAUGGAAAGAAUCACUCGAAAAGCGAUCCUAGUGAUAUAAAAUAGACUCCAGUUGCAAAGGUUAUGCUAUAUGCAUUACGACACUAUAAGUACCAAUAAUCGUUUCGCGUUUGACCUUCUCACUAUUUAGUAAGCAGCAACAAUGAGUUCGUCAGUUGGCCGUUUAGAUUUGGCGAUGUCUAUAUUAGAAACAUUUGGUAACAUCGCAUAUGUUCGACCGACCGUAUUUAGCAAACGUUAUGUUUUUGGCGGUCACGACCACACGAUUCGCUUUGAAAUUUAAAGUGUUUGUGAUUGAAACUUAGCGAUGUUGAUUUGAAAUAUUUAACGAAGUAUUAGAAAUUAACAUCAUGAUUAUUUUACCAAAACUCUAAAAAACAGUUUUGGCCGACUUAGAAAUUAGCAAGCGUCAUAUAUUUCGCGCCUGCACGCGCGAAAAUUCUGACCCGUCACGCUUGGGCAGGUUUUUUUGGCAGAGGUCAGGAAUUUCGCUUGCAUGACACCGGGCAUGCAGUACUAUCCACCGAUAUUUUUUAGCUUUCUAAAAUUGUCCGUUGAUUGGUAUAACCCUGAUUAAAUUUCAGUAUAUAAAAAUUAAGUUUCUUUUUAUUAGUUAUCAGGUCGAUAUCCGUAGUCUUAUUAAUCGUUUUUCAAUCAUUUUUGCAACGGUAAAAAACUCACUAUUCCAGGCCCCCCGAAGACUAGAUUGUGCUUUUUUCAAUUCAGGUCCGAAUUUUUCCACUCGUAAAAUGCCUAUUAAAUUAGUGAUAUCAAAUUACUAUAUACCUACAUCACACAUGGCCAUUUGAUAGUAGCCUCCCUAAGCAUUGAGCUCAUAACGUCCUGAACGCUUCCAGAAUUAUUCUGAGUAGGUGUCUGUUUGACAAAGUGGGCGGCUGUUGAGCGGGGGCGGUCUGGGGGUCUUAUAGUCAUCCAAAUUAACUAGUGUAUAUUGAUUGGAUAGCAACACAACUGAGCUCUGUAACCAAGUUAUUGUUAUGUAGCUAGGGUGAACACCAAACGUGAUUGGCUGAUUUGUGGUCACGUGUUUUCAGAUAUAGUUAGUUUUGUUUUCUCUCGAAUCUCAAUGAAUCUCAAUCUCAAACAUUGAGACUCUCGGGGAAACAAAACGAACUUUUUCCCUCGGGAGCAGACAUUAAGUCAUUUAGCCUAAGUGUAUAAUGUAUCACUAUACUUCCAUUCUUCAACAAGGUAACUUCAAGAUUUAAGAUGGCAAAUAACUAAAUCGGUUUAACGAAAUACUACGUUGUUUUCGAAAAUAACCAGGCUAUAAAGUAGACCAGGUUGAUGAAAAAUAACAUGAAAGCUUAACAUUUUGAAAGCUCUGCGCUUCCUCCAAAACAAUUUAAUUCAUAUACAUGCAGAUAAAAUACCAACAUUAUGUAUUUCUAUAUAGGUCAACGUUGUUACAUCACUGGAUGGGGCAGACUGCAAAGUGGGGGAUCAACUCCAAAGGUCUUACAGGAAGCUCAAGUUCCGAUUGUAACUCCACAAGAAUGCAAAAAAUCAUACGGCAACUCGCGCAUUACUGAUAAAAUGCUGUGCGCUGGAUAUUCUCGAGGUGGUACCGACACUUGCCAAGGCGACAGCGGAGGUAGGAUUCAAGAAUAAAUAUGAGUUUUUUAAUCGCACUCAAAACGAGAUGCUAGCAACCACUAUAGGUUAAGCUUUACCAGUUAGUUCAGCAAAAACCAGAUCGACUAAAACUACAGGAAGGAACUACUUCGGAAUGAAGAAUACAUGCAUUUUUUCUAUAUAGCACCUACUUGGUUAAAGCUUAAAAAGAACUUUAAAAUAUGUAACGGACUUCAUCUAGUUGUCCCAUAAAAUUGCCACCAGCAAGAUUGUGAACCUGCAAAGGUACAAGGUGCCAUUAAUCAUUUACAGGAAACCGUUUUUAAUUAAACAAACAAGACGCCUGCUCAAGGCGUUCGCUCCGUCAGUAAAGGGGAAGGGCAGCAACAGAAUUGCUUGGGGCGCAUGAUGUAGGAAGUUGAUAAGGCGUGGUAUAGCACCCUAUUAUAACCUUGGUAUUUUGGCAAAGAGUAACAUAAUACUGUACAUACAAAUCAGAAAUGAAAGAUAUAUCUCCAGUACUUUAAUUAUACUUGGUUUAGUCUACAGUAUAUAUAUAUUAUUAAUUAUAUGAUCGCAUACAGUUCUACUUCAAAUGUAUAAAUAGUACACACUUGCACAUCUGGUUCCCAGAAGGCUUGGGAUAAAUAUCAUUGUGAAAUAAUAAGGUGAUAUAUAGUAUCUGGUGUUCCAUCAAAUUUCCACUUUGUUUUAUGUCAGAAUUGUAUUCUGGGUUGAAAAUUUUUUUCUUUUAGGAUAGAGAAGAGAACGUAACAGUUUCCAAUAUUCUUCAGGGACAUAACCAUCAAUCCAUUACACAUUAAUAAUUAUAAUUAAUGAAGAGCAAAGCCGUUGAUAACCUCCUCAUGAUAACCAAAGUCAUGAGCAAAAUUUGACAGAUGACAUAUAGGCAUAGAGAAUAUGACAUGGUCAUAGAGAAUAUGUUGUCUAUAGCACAGUAUAAAUAAGGGGCCACGUCCAUAUUCAUGUGGACACAAAUAACGUCGAAUCAACGUUAAUAUUUCACCCACCCACCCCAGAUGUCGAUCGGAUCGAUAUUCAGUCGUAUUUUGACCGAUAGACUCACAAUUAUUGUACUUUACUACCGUCACUGCAUGCCUGGGAUUGUAUUUUGAUACAAUAUUUAAACAGUGAUUUGGUUUUCGCCGGAGUGGCAAUAAACAAUACAAGUGAACCAAGAUAUAGCCGUUCUCAAAAUUAAAAUGUCCAUAAUACAUGUCAUAUUCUUGUUGGUAGAAGUUGGCAACCAUGGUAAAUAUUUAUAAAACAAUCUUUUAAUGGUGACCUUGUUUACAUGAUAUGUCUACUGACAGUCUACGAAAUUAGAAAAGUUAUGCGCCUGUGGAGGUUCCGUUGAACUUAGCCUUCAGCCUUCUGCAUAUAGCCUAUAUAUAAGCGUAAGAUAUUUGGAAGUAUAGAAGAAACAGAAUAGCAUGUUAAAAUCUUACCAGUUUAAAUAAAGCUAGCUUUCAACUGUCUUGGUGACCUAUAUAUUAAUAGCCUUAAUUCAACCUGAUUCGUUCUUUCGUUGUUGUUGCACCAACAAAAAUACAUUAAUUCAUAAAGAGUAAGUCCAGAGUACAACACAACAUGAAAAACACACCACCAUUCGGUGAAAAUUUAGCGAAAUUGCCAGAAAUAUUAUUUUCCCACUCAUCACGCAACCGCCAUUUUGAAACUGAACUAUAUAUAUAAGUCAUAUGAAGCAGAUUACUUGCAAAAUCACCCAUAAUAUCCAUAAAAUAACCGAUGUACCUGUGAAAUGUUCAUUUUGUGACAUCCGAAAGACAGACAAUUAGAAUUUUAAAGCUCUCUCGGGCUACGCCCGACGGAGCAAUAAAAUGUUGUAUUAACCUGUUUUCCUUUCUCAGGUCCAAUGGUUUGUCAACAUAGUGAUGGUUCAUGGUAUCUUAGUGGUGUGACGAGCUGGGGUCGUGGGUGUGCAUCUGCCGGAUACUAUGGAGUUUAUGCUCAUGUUGCCAACCUUUACCCCUGGGUGAAGCAAGUUACAGGACUUUAAUUUUAAUAUACUACCAGUAGUUUGAUAGCAAUACUCAAUGAUUGUGAACAUGCAAAUGCAAUAGUGUAACCACAUAUUUUGUAUUCAUUAUAGUCUAGUUAAAUAUUGUCUUAAUUUUUGUAUUAUUUACGUGAUCUCGUACUGUAACAAUGUAAAUACAUUGUGCUUUUAACCAAAAAGAUGCAUGGAUAUACAAUUGUCGUUCUAUUUAUACUAUAUUGUUAAACCAAUGUAGAAUGGGAAAUUACAUACACCAUUAUUUUACAACAAUUAAAAACAAAUAUGAACAGAAAUGAAAAUCAGACUCUAAAUCUCUGACUCUAAAUGGUGUAGCUCAGGAACGAGAGUUUAUGUGGGCGUGGUAGCCGUCCAUACCGUAUCCAUAACAUAUAUUGUUUGACGAUUAGCUAUAGUUAGUAACUUGUUAGUAAAGUCCGUAUAUUAUGUGUUUUUGAUCAAACGGAAUCAGUUUGUAGUCUAAAGUCCCCAAACCAAAGGCGCGAAGCGUAACCCCAGGGCGAGGGUACUAAUUCCGUCCGGCUAUUUACACCAGGGAAAAGGAAAGCAUUAGCGAGGUGCAUUAGCAUCAAUAAUCGCGGCUGUUUAUAGUGAUGCAUGGGUGGAUAUCCACUGUCACUGAUCACAACUGAUGGUUAGUAACUAUAUGAACCCUUCAAAAUGCGAAGCUAUUGUCUUUUCAGCUAAAAAGAAUAAACCUUUCCAUCCUGAACUGUAUUUGGAUGAUAGUACCAUUUCAGAAGUGUCG